AUGGCAGUCACAGCGUCCAUCUUUGCCGUUGUCAACGUCGCUGUUCUGGCGUUCCUGAUGAGAUCAUACAUAUUAAACAACAGCAACAAUGUCGAAGAAGAUGAUCUGUUAGUUGAGAAGGUGAAUGACGUCUACGACUACAUCAUAGUUGGUUCCGGUUCUGCUGGGUCUGUGAUUGCUGCUCGUCUGUCAGAAGAUAGUGGUGUCAGAGUCCUUGUUUUGGAAGCUGGGUUGGAUGACAGAAACGAAGCUGUACUUAGCACGCCAGCAGAAGGACCAAACAGUCAGAGAUCGAAAUUCGACUGGGAGUAUUACACCGAACCGCAGAAACAGGCGUGCUGGGCUUUGAAAGAAAAGAGGUCAUACUGGCCUAGAGGUCGAGUGUUGGGCGGAUCAAGUCAGAUGAACUAUAUGGCGUAUGUCCGGGGAAACCGGUUUGACUAUGACAGCUGGGCGGCCCAGGGGUGUGACGGGUGGAGCUACAAAGAUGUUCUUCCGUACUUCAAGAAAUCAGAGGACAUGCAGGACGAGGAGCUCGCCAAAUCAGAUUAUCACCAUCGCGGAGGACCACUAAAAAUUACCCGAUCCCCCACGAGUUCUCUCCCUUCGAUAUUCCUGAAGGCUGCCAAAGAGGCUGGAUACAACGAGACAGACCACAACGGAGAAUGCCAAGAAGGUAACCCAUUAAAAAAAAAUGACGUUAACCAUUGUACACAUGACAUGGCUAGAGAACUAUGGAAAACCAUGGAAACACUGGUGUCAACUCUUUCAGGUUUCGCCAUUCAGCAGUCUACAGUGGGCGAUGGAGUACGAUCUAGCACCUCAAAAUCAUUCUUGUGGCCUGCAAGAAAAACACGAAACAAUCUCCAUAUUGCGGUACAAGCUCAUGUAACUAAGAUUAUCAUAAAAAAUAAGAAAGCUGUUGGUUUAGAAUUUGUCAAAAACGACAAAGUUCAAAGAGUGAGAGCCACAAGGGAGAUAAUUCUGUCAGCUGGAACUAUUGGAUCUGCACAGAUAAUGAUGGUGUCUGGAUUAGGACCCAAAGAACAUCUUGAAAAAUUAAAGAUCCCCGUGGUAGCUGACCUGCCAGUGGGAGAGAACCUCCAAGAUCACCUGAUGACUUUCCUCAGGGUUCUCAUAGACAAGCCGUUGUCGACGAGUGCUGAGAUGAUUUCUAAACCGUGGACGAAGUGGCAAUAUGAUAUGUUAAAGACCGGAUACCUAACAACGCCAUGUGGAAAUGAGUUCGUUGGUUUUGCCAGGACCCGAAAUGAUCUUGAAUAUGGAAACCCUGAUGUGCAAUUUCACAUGCUCAUCAAUUUGCCCACCAGAACAAAUAUUCAGCGCCUUCUUAGCUUAGACUCAAAGAUUAAUGAACAAAUGAAGUGGGACACAGGAGAAGGGUUCUAUGUCGUUCCCAUAUUGCUACGCCCGCAGAGUGUCGGCACACUCCGUCUACGGAGCUCGAACCCGUUUGAAUAUCCAAUAAUACAACCCAACUACCUCACAAAGAUCGAAGACAUGAUGGUCAUGUAUAGAGGUAUUCGGAUAUUUCAGAAAAUGUUGAAGACUAAAGCGUUCAGAGAUAUCGGUGCCCGGCUGGACAUGAUGAGAGUUUCCACGUGUAGUCAGUACGCCAACGAUUCUGCCGAAUACUGGCAGUGUUACGUCAGGUCAAUCACCAUCACUGUGUACCACCCGACUGGAACCUGCAAGAUGGGGGCGAUCAAAGACCCCUCCACCGUAGUCGACUCUCAACUUAGGGUAAAAGGUAUAUCUGGACUGAGAGUUGCUGAUGCCUCCAUUAUGCCCAACGUCAUAUCCGGAAACACCAAUGCUCCAUCUAUUAUGAUUGGAGAAAAGGCAGCUGAUCUAAUCAAGGGAAAGAAGUCUGUGUGAAUACAAGUCAAACAUUACAACUGAGAAGUUCUAUAAACAUGUUCAGCAGACGUCAUGAAAUGGCUAUUAAUCUCUUGCUUCAUUAACCUCGGACAGCAGGCAAUUGUAAGAUGCUGAAAAUGUGUUAGUAUGCUGUGAAAUAUUACAACACACGUUUCUAUAGUAGAGUGUUUUAAACACAAGUUGAUGUAUAAGUAGGCUAGCCAAUAUACCAAAUAAUAUCCGGAUGGUUAACACAGAAGUUAAAACUACAAGUGCUGACAUUGGUUAUAAAUGUGACAGUGUUUUUUGUCUAAAGAGUUUUAUCUGGAAAAUAAAUGUCUGCAAGUAGUUUUGUACCUAAAACAUGUAUGGGUACCUAAAGAACUAAGUACUGCAAUUACUUCGAAUUAUGUGAGAAACCAAGCUUGUUGUGAAAACAUCCCACUAUAUAAAAAAUAAACCAUCAAAAGUUCCAUAUAAAACUGUUUACACUAUUUGUGGGUCAUAAGUUAGAUUAAUAUUGGCGUACCGUAUUGUAUAUAUCAUUUCCAGCCACAUACGGCAACAAUGUCAGCUAUGGGAUUAUAUUUGGUAUAUAGUCCAAGCAAUAAAUAGUAGUGUUCUAAACACAAGCUCAUUUAUAAGUAAAACAAUCAAA